AUGGGAAACGGGAAAGAACAGCCAACUAUGCAGACAUUAUCUAGCUCAAAUCCCUCAUCCGAGAAUGCUGGUUACCCAUUUCAACAUAUCAUGAAACUUCCGACUCCUAUCAGCAAUACAAGCUUCGCCACAAGCAGAAUAGUUGGUUCAGAGAAUAAUAGACCUGAUGGUGGGGAAACUGAAGUGCCAUGUGGAUCUCCUAGAGCUGAAGAAUGUAUUGAGGAUAGACCAAACCCUACGGAACCUGAUGAUGGUAGUGCUGAGAAAUCUCAGAAUGUCCAAGUGGAUGAUGAUGAGACAAUUGAUGAGCCAAAGUCGGGAAUCAAGUUUAAUUCCUUUGAAGAUUUAUUAAGUUAUUAUAAAGAAUAUGGUAAAAAAUGCGGGUUUGGGGUGAUGGCAAAACCGAUCGAGAGGGGAGAAGAUGAGUCUGUUAGAUAUGUCACCCUUGCUUGUGCCCGCGGUGGGAAGGCCUGGAAUAGGACGUUGAAUUCCAAGAAAUCUCGCUUCUUCCGAUGUAAUAGAGAAGUUAGUGAUGCCGUAAAAAGGGUCCUCGAUACAAUUGAUUUGGCUGACAUCCGAACGAAUAAGAGUUACGGAUCUCUUGUUGUUGGCGCGAGUGGAUUCGAGAACCUCCCAUUUUUGGAAAAUGAUUGUCGUAACUAUAUUGACAAGGCCAGACAUUUACGACUUGGCACAGGUGGUGCUGGAGCGCUCCGAGAUUACUUUUUACGGAUGCAGUACAAAAAUCCUGGGUUCUUUUAUAUGAUAGAUAUAGAUGAUGAGGGGAGGUUAAAGAACGUCUUCUGGGCAGACCCCCGUAGUAGAGCAGCGUACCAAGAUUUUGGUGAUGUGGUCACAUUCGACAUCACAUACCUAACGAAUCGAUAUGGGAUACCCUUUGCACCAUUUGUUGGUGGAAACCACCAUGGACAAUCAAUUUUGUUGGGAGCAUGCUUGAUUUCCAGUGAAGAUACCGAGACCUUUGUGUGA